AUGUCCCAGAACAUCUCCAUCAAGUUCACCUCCAAGCCCUGGAAGGUCACCCCUUCGCAGCAUGCCCACGCCGUCAACCACGACACCGCUGGCGCCGACUACGAGUUCAACUCGGACGACAUGAAGGGCAAGGGAUGCGGCUCGUACGUCAUCACCUACAUCCCCAACAAGAACGACGACGGCGAGCCCAAGCGUGACGGCACCGACCACUUCGCCUACGACGGCCAGAUCCUCUUCGAGGGCACGAUCAAGGGCAAGGAGGGUGCCAUCAUGAUCCGUGAGCGCGGUGAGGCCAAGGACGGCCAGUUCAAGUCCGAGUGGGUCUGGUUCCCUCAGUCCGGCUCUGGCCAGCUCCAGGGUACCGCCGGCGAGGGCCAGUUCCAGACCAAGAAGGACUCUGGCAACUCCCUCUCGGCCGACUUCAAGGGCCAGGUCUCGUUCCCCUAA